UAAAAAAUAAUUUAGAUAAAUAUAUGUCUGUAUAUAUGUAAGAAAAAACGAAAUAUUACAAUUUCAUUGUUGACUUUGAAGAAAAUAAAAUCGAUUAAGUAAAUAAAGACGUUCAAAAGUAAGAAAAAAAAAAAAAAAACCAACUUUGUAUUUAACAAACAAUAAAUUUUAAUAAAAAAUACAGAGUUUAAAAGAAAAAUAAAAAAUUAAAUUAAAUUUGAAUAAAUAUAGGAUGGACUUGAAAGUGCUUUACACGUGGAACUAACUCAUAUCAUUAGAUAGUAAUUGCUAUUUACAUACUUAUAUUAUUAAUUUACUCAACUAAAUAAAUUAAUUAUCAAUGAAAUUUAGGUGUAUUUAUAAAAUUCAUUGAAAAAAAAACAAUUAAUAAUAAUAAUAAUAUUAAAUAUGUAAACAAAUAAAAUGGUGAUCAAUAGAAUUAACAUAUAAUAUAAUAAUUUCCCAUAUUAUAGAAAUAAAAGAAAAUCUAUCGUAAAACCGUCAUAAUGCGUACAAAACAAUAGACGUAAUGUAUAAAAAAUAUGGCGAUAUAUAAAAUAUAAAAAAUAAAAAACAUCAGUGAGAAGAGAGAGAUUAAUAAUAUGUAUUAAUUUAUAAUUAAAUUUAUGUUAUAAUAGAAUAAACCUAAGUUGCAGAUGUUUACUUUUGUUACGAUUAUUAAUCUUAUUUGUCGACUUGGAAAAUCAUUUCAACUUAAUGAUACGAUUGUUUGGCAAAAGUAUAACUCGCGACGUUUUUAUGCAACUAUAAUAAUAUUUUUGAAAAUUUUCAUUCAUAUAUAUAGAUACAUGAAAAAGUUAGCUUUGAAAUAUAAAAUUUAGACGAGUUAAAUUAUUAAUAACUACUUACUUUAUUGACGUUUAUUAUUAUUUUUUUAUAUUUUGUUAACGUAACACAUUGUUAGCAUAACACUAUUUAAAAAAGUAAAUGAGCGAAUAUUGAUAUGUCAAUGAAUAAAUAUAAAAAUAAAAAUUUAUUGUCUUACGUUUUUACCAUGUAUAUAUAAUAUGAAACAAUGAUCUUUAAAAACAGAAGAAACAGUUUACAGCGUUAAACGUUGCGUGUCAUGCCAAUAUUUUGUCAAAAAAAUAUAAUUAAAAAUGAUAAUAACCAUACUUGAAACAAGCAUUGUAAAUAAAUAACAAUAAUAUUUGAUAAUAAAUAAAUAAAUUUAGUUUACCAAAAAUGAAAUUAUCAUUAAAUCAGUUAUCAAGUCGGAAUUUAUUUUUUUGUGAAAGAAAAUUUAUUUCAAAAUACAAUCAAUCGUUAAAAAUUUAUUAUUAUUAUAUUUAUUUAUUUUUGCACCAAAGAUUAUUUCAUGAUAUUUAUAAAACUUUAUCCAAAGAUUAAUUAAAAAAGUAAAAUGAAAAUCACCUCACAAUUAUUUUUUUCAAAUUUAGAUCAGUAUUUUAAUUGCUAUCGAAAGAAUAUGUCUUAAUAAGUAGAUUUUUGUUUUUAAAAGUAUACCAUAAACAUUGUCAAUAAUAAAUUUUAUAAUUAUUGUUAUUAUUAUUAUUAUUAUUAUUACUUAUAUUACUAUUAUUAUCAUUAUAAAGUCAUAAUGGUCAAGUAUUGAUUGAAAAUAUUCAUAAAAAAAAAAAAAACAAUGAGCAUUUAACGAACUGGUUGAAAGUAUAUAAUACCGAUUGAUAAAGCAUGGAAAAAAAAAAAUAUUUUAAUUGUACAUUUUAUAAUAAUUGUAUAUCCAAAUUCACCACUGGUAUUAUAAAAAUAAUAUUUGUGAUAAGUAUGCAAGGUGUAAAAAAUAACUUGAAGAAAAAAAAAAUAAAUAACGAUGAUGACGACGAAAUAAGAAAAGGGCAUUUUUGACGGGUACUAACAAUGAUUGACAACGAGUAAAAAUGUCCCUUUUAUUAAAAAAAUUUUAAUUAUAAAUAAAUUGUGAGGGAUUUAAGUUUAAUCAAUGCAAUUGUUGAAAAAUGAUUUUUAAUUAAAUUCAAAAUUAAGUAAUAUUUAUUUAAAUUUAUUUAUUUAAAUUGAGUUAUAAUAAAUAAAAUAAAAUAAUAUAGAGAAUUAUUAGAUAUUAUUGUUAGAAUGUGGAAAAGAUGUUGAAGUAAAAAUGUGUGUCGUACGCGUUAUGAGUGAAUUUAAUAGUUAAUAAUUAUAAUGAUCAUAAGCAUGCUAUCGUGAUACCAUAGUAUGUAUUGUAUAAGUGAUAGAAAGAAAGAGAGAAAAAAUAUGAGUAUCAAGAUUGGUCUCUCCUCGAAAGGCAAUUUGUAGCAAGAGGAAAAAAAAAUUGCUGACGAUGAGUUUGUGUCACGCGAACGCGUGUUCUCAUUUAUAAUCGAUUUUUGUUGUAUUAAAAGCAGGUAGAAAAAAUAAAAUAUUUCUCACAUUUAUGAGCAGAGAAAAAAAUAAGUUAGCGGGGUGAUUUUUAUAUGUUUAUUAAUUUAUUUUAUUUUAAUUUUGGUACACAUUCCACCAUAAUAAUAUGCGUAAAUUUACGUAAAGAACAUCGAAUUGUUAUAAACAUAAAUUUUUUCGCUAAAAAACUUUCGUCUAAUAUAAAUAUUAACAUCUAAGUUUUGUAUUUAUUAUAAAGAAUUAAAAUAUUUAUAAAUAAUUAUAGUGUAAUCAUGUGAAAAGGGGACGAAAAAAAGUAUAAGUAUUUAUAUUUAUAAUUUAUAUUAAUUUAUCAUUAUUUAUUUAUUUCAACACGUUGUAAAAAUUUUUUUUUCAAUGUAACAACUAGUUAAGGCUCGAACUAUAAUAAAUUAAUAAUAAUAAAUAAUACUUAAAUUACAAAAAAUUAAUGAAGCUUUCAGUGUGAGGUUGUUGUGAUAUUUACUGAAUAAUUGAAUAAAAAAAAUGUAAAAGUUAUCGAAUAUAAAUUUCUAUCGAUAAUUAGUGAAUGAAAAUAAAAAAGAUAAUUAUAAUAAUAAAUAAAAAAAAGUAAAAAAAAAAAAAAAAAAAAAAAAAAAAAAAAAAUCAUAGCCCAUUUUUAGUGGGUGUAAAAAAAAAGUGUAAAUUUAGAUGUUGAUAAAAAAAAAGUCAGUAAUGACGAGGCUAAAGUGAUUAUUUACCUUUUACAAAAAUUGACAUCUUUGUAGUUAAUUAAAAUAUCAAAAUAAUAACAAAAAAAAAAAAUAAAUAAAUAAUUUAUAUUAUUUAUGAGGUAAAAUGACAAUCUAAAGCCUCGUCAAAUACUAUCUGAUGUGUUUGGUAUUUCGAGAAUUGAAAUUGAUAAAUAUAGAUAUUUUUAAAAAAUUAUUUGAAUUGCUAAUAAAUUGUUUAAAAUUUUAUAUUAAUGUUUACAAUAUGUGAGUUACAUCGACAAUCAAGUUUAUUAUUUAAUUAAAAAAAAAAAAAUUGGUUUAAGUAAUUAAUUAUUACUUAUAUAAAAGUUGAAUAGAUGAUAAAAUUUGAAUUUAAAAAUAAUUUCAAUUCAAUUAUCGUAAUGCCAAAAUUACAUCUAGUUUAAAUCCGUCCAUAACUGUGUUUGGUCGUAAUUUACGACUAAACGCAAAUUGCACAAAAAUUGUGCAUAUUAAUCAUUGGGACUACAAAAACAUAUCAUAUUAUGUAAUUAUUUAAUUAAACUUGAAAAAAACAA